UUUGGUUUUUUAGUGUAAAGAUUUGUUGUGUACAUUAAUUAUUUUAAAUAAAAUAUUUGCAACAAAAUAAAAUGACACGGCAUGCUAGAAAUUGUACUGCUGGAGCGGUAUACACGUAUAACGAGAAAAAGCGAGACGCUGCAGACGGCGGGUAUGGUACUAAUCAAAAACGUUUGGGAAAAGAUUCAGUCAAAUCUUUCGAUUGCUGCUCUUUGACGCUGCAACCAUGCCGAAAUCCUGUAGUUACAAAGGAUGGUUAUUUGUUUGAUAAAGAAGCUAUAUUGCAAUAUAUUAUAACAAAAAAGAAUGAAUAUAACCGUAAACUAAAAGAAUAUGAGCGUUUAAAACGCACUGAAGAUGACAAAAUUGCACAAGAACUGGGACGUCAGCAGCAACAAUGUGUCGAGAAAUUUGAAAAUGCUUCAAAACCAAUAGCAGAUAAAUUAUUCGCAGACAAACCAUCAACCUCGAAAAAAUCAGGAUACUCUGUUGGCGACAAUUCAAUUUCGAAUAUGGCGAAUGGGCAUGAAAAAAAAUUACCAAGCUUCUGGAUACCUUCUGAGUGCCCAAAUGCUGGUUUAGCUAAAGCUACAAAACCAGAUAGUACAAUUUAUUGCCCAAUUUCACAAAAACAACUAAAAGUAAAAGAUUUAAUUGACAUCAAAUUUACGUUGUUGAAAGACGGUGAUAAUAGUCGUUCCCUGAUUGCUAAGGAAGCUCGUUACAUGUGUCCAGUGACACAUGAUAUACUUAGCAAUUCUGUUCCAUGUGCAAUUCUACGACCGACUGGUGAUGUCGUUACUAUGGAAUGCGUUGAGAAGUUAAUAAAGAAAGACAUGAUACAUCCAUUAACAAAUCAAAAACUGAAGGAUAAGGACAUAAUACCAUUACAAAGGGGUGGCACCGGUUAUGCGACAACAAAUGACAAUUUGGAAGGCAAAGAAAAGCGACCAAUGUUACAAGUUUGAAUUUAUUUAUGUCACUAAAAACCAAUCUAAAAAAAUUAUUUUAUUAACUUUAUCUUACAGUCGAAUUUAUAUACCUAAAUAAAAUUGCUAUAUAAAAAUAAGUCUACAUGUAUACAUAUAUAUAUAUAUAUAUACUAAAGAAGACUAUACAAUAAAGAAGACGUAUUUAUGUCAUAAAAAAGUAGUUUUGAGUUUUCAACAAUUCGGUCACUUAAACGCCUGUACAUUGCAAGAGUACAUACAUAGUACACUAUUCACAAAAAGUAAAUCUUAUGAAAACAAUAGUUAAGAAGUUAGAAAUGAAAUAUACUUAUAAAACUAACAGCAGCAACUAAUCCAGAAUCACCAUUUUUGGUAUAUGUUGUUGAACGAAUUGUAUUGUCGAUGUUGAUGUUGUUUCUUUAGAUGUUCGUUGCACAACAGAGAUAUAAAAUGAAAUUUUAAAUUAUUGUAUGGAA